UGUGUGUGUAUGAAGCCUCUCAGUCUCAGUAUAAGAGACAGUAUACGACUGCAGUCGGAUCAUUAACAGUUCGGCUAAAUUAUAAUAAUAAAAUUGUCUAGUUUUUAAAUUUAUUUAUAUAUUUAUUUGUUACUGACAUAAAAUUUAUAUUUUAAAAAAAACUAAAUUAUAUAUUAAUAUUGUAAUUUUUCGUAAUUAUGGAUCCCGAGGCAUUUUUAGAUUUGGCCAAUCAGGUCAUUAAAUUAAAAAUGUUUCCGUAUUUCGAUAUCGCACAUAGUGUAUUGUGUGCGCUGCACGUCAGAGAGGAUUUAGGACCCGGGGCACAAGCAUUUUCACGUAAACAUCCGAUAUCAUGUUGGCUGUCAACAAUGCUAGUUGUAUUUGCCGGUGGUAUGUUAUGCAAUGGAUUAUUAGGUGAGCCAAUAUUGGCCCCAUUGAAAAAUACACCCCAAGUAUUUGUUGCAACAGUUGUAUGGUAUGUGAUAUUUUAUACGCCCUUCGAUAUUGGUUACAAAAUUGCUAAAUUUUUACCUGUUAAAAUUUUAUUCUCUGCAAUGAAAGAAAUAUACAGAUGUAAAAAAGUUUACGAUGGUGUUACACACGCCGGAAAAUUAUAUCCAAGUGCGUAUCUUAUUAUGAUACUUAUUGGUACACUUAAAGGUAAUGGUGCUGGAUUUACAAAAUUAUUUGAACGCCUUAUUCGAGGUGUUUGGACACCGACUGCAAUGGAAUUUAUGCAACCUAGUUUCCCAACUAAAGCAUGUAUGGUUGCAUCUAUAAUAUUUGUCUUAGACAAAAAGACUGAUUUAAUAUCCGCGCCACAUGCUCUUGUAUACUUUGGUAUUGUUAUAUUCUUUAUAUACUUCAAGUUAUCAUCAAUUCUACUGGGUAUCCAUGAUCCGUUUGUACCAUUUGAGAACCUUAUCUGCCAAAUAUUUUUUGGCGGACUAAUGGAUCGUUUUACAAAAUUAUUUGGACGCGGACAAGUCAAAGAUGAAAAAGCUGAUGCCAAAAAAAAUAACUAAUUUAUUAAUUUUUUUUCUUUUUUUUUUUUUUCCAUUAUUUAUAUUCAUUCAUAUACACACACAUCUUAAUCUUCCUCUUCGCCUUCCGUUUUUUAAAAUUAAUCAUAAAUUUCACAACCGGAUUCAAAAAUUGAUUCUAGGAACUUUUAAAUUAUGUUAUUUUUUUUAAUUUUAAUAUGCCGACGAAGUUUUAUUCGAUUUAUAAUAAUAAUAGUUUAAUCAAAAUCUAGUCAUACUUCUAGUCACUUUUAAAUAUUUCAGGUAAUUGACGUAAUUAAAUUAAUCUUAACACUAAUAAUAAUAAUAAUAAUAAUAAUAAUAAUAAUAAUAAUAAUAAUAAUAUAUAAAUUGCUCAUUAAAAAAAAUUAUGAUAUAAAAAUGAAAUUUUUACAAGGAUAUUUUUAUACCAAUAAUAUGGUUCGAUCAUAAUAAAUAUCAAAUAAAAAUUAUAAGUAGCAUUAAAUAAUUAAAAAAAAAUGUCCAUUGUUUAAUUAAUAAAUUAAUUUUAAAAAAAAUAAAAUUUUUGAAAAAUAAUUAAUUGAUGUAAAUUUUGUGUGCGUGUGUGCAGCAUGAUAAAAUUCACUUUUAUUAAUGCUUCUUAUCAUUUCUUCUGUUUCUACAAAUCUUACUUUAACGAAACGUUCGGCUUAUCAAGGAAUUUCAAUUCAGAGAUUACGUUCAUCAGAACAGACAUUAUACAUCCAUCAUGUUUUUCAUUCCUACGUUUCUUCGAACGUAACUUUUAUGUCGUUCGUUUAUUCAUACGUGUCGUUUUA